UUCUCAGUAGAGACCAGGGCUGGUGUGGUCUUCUUUUUGUGUUAGGAUUAGUGCUGGCAGGGCUUUCUUUUUGAGUGGAAAUUAGUACAGAUUUUGCUUACCUCAUCUUGUAUGGCUUUGAGAUGGCUUGACAAAAAUUUGACUUGAAUGUUAUAUUUAAUCAUUUUAAGGGGUACUUGUACCAUUCAGGAUUUUUUUCUGAAGUUUGAGUCUGUGUUAAUUUGUUGCAGAGAAGUGUAGUAGGUUGAUUACAUUUCUACCCUAAGGCUAAUGAUUAUACAGAUCUGUGUUAUUUGCUCCUUCCUGUCUCCCAUCAUUUUGAGACUUCAUUCUGUGGCUUGCACGUGAACAUAUUUUGUGUGGUUUUUCUAUUUGUUUGAAAAGUGCUAUAAAGAAGGGACAAUGCAGUCUAGGCUUCCUACCAAGUAGCAUAUUAUGGUUUGCCCCUGCUGUAGCUAUGGCCCUUAAUAAAGGUUUUUUAUAAACAUAGCAGGUUGUGUUAGCAAAUUGCUGAGCGUUCUUGUGCUUCAGGCUAAUUGAGGAACCAGCUUGUAGGACUCUUUCUCCCAAUGAAAAUGGGGGCCAACAGGUGUACCACCUUGUAGGUAUAAAUACUCACGUUUCAGUAAACAGAGAAAAAGUAGGCUCGUGUUUUGCCAGUGUCUGAUUUUGACUGUAUUUUCCACUGUGUACACUUUUGAUGUAUAUGUGUUUCUGUUGCGCACACCUUCCACUUGUUACUUUGCUCUGCACCAAGAAGCUUACAGUUGACGGACAUUCCUGUUGCCUUUUUAUAUUGGAAGCAGCAACACUGAGGAGGAAGAUGAGAUGUUAUGUGAACUGCCAGCCCCCGUGCACUAAUGGUUCCUGCUCUUUAACUGGUUGCUAGGUCUGUUCCGCUCUAACAGUUAGUGUUUUUGUUCAGUUACAUGUGAACUGUAUCACAAGUUUUGUGCUUGACUUUUUUUUUUAUCAUUGAUUUAUUUUCCCAUCUUACUAACCAUGCCUAAUUAUGUAUUUUAAAAUUUUAUUAACAGCUGCAUGCCAAUCCAUUUUUUUUUUUGUUUGUUUCAUCUCCCAAAAACUCAAUCAGUUCUAGCCUGGGUUUUGCUAUGUUUGUGUUUUGGUUUCUAGUGGUGGGGCAGUCUUGCACGUAACAUUUCAGGCUUAGAUAAAGGAGCCUGACACACAGAUCAAGUAACUACAGCAGAGACUAGUGAACUACAUCCUUUGUCUUCUCUUUCACAGAGUGGUGCUGUCUAGGUGAUGGAUAUGGUUGUAUAAACAGCUUGUGAUUUUGUUUGGGUUUUUGUUUUAGUUUUGGCUUUUUUUUUUUUUUUUCCUGUUUUAAUGAUACACACUUGCCCUCCAGCAACACAUUGAAGUUGCCCAGCACGUCAUCAAGAGAAUGUAGCUUAGUUUUCCCAACAGUUCCAGAUAAUAUCCUCACUCCACUCUCUUCCAAGGACAUUCACCUGGUGAUAAUAUCGGGCACCGUUUGCUCCAGAAACAUGGAUGGAAGCUUGGCCAAGGACUGGGGAAAACUCUACAGGCAUUUUGAUCCUGGACUUGUUGUGGUGAUGGUAAACUUAGCAGUGGAAGAACGGAUCCCAUCCCGAUUGUUGUCAAAUAUGAUGUCAUGGGCAUGGGACGGAUGGAAAUGGAGCUGGAUUAUGCAGAGGAUGCUACAGAACGCCGACGUGUCCUUGAAGUAGAAAAAGAAGAUACAGAAGAGCUGAGGCAGAAGUACAAGGAUUUUGCUGACAAAGAAAAAGCAAUAGCUAAGGCUUUGGAAGAUCUGAGAGCAAAUUUUUACUGUGAGCUGUGUGACAAGCAGUACCAAAAACAUCAAGAGUUUGACAACCACAUCAAUUCAUAUGAUCAUGCUCACAAACAGAGGCUGAAGGACUUGAAGCAGCGAGAAUUUGCACGCAACGUUUCAUCAAAGUCUCGUAAAGAUGAGAAGAAACAGGAGAAAGCCCUUCGUCGGUUGCAUGAACUUGCCGAACAAAGAAAACAAGCAGAAUGUGCUCCUGGCAGUGGCCCAAUGUUCAAAGCUACCACUGUUGCUGUUGAUGAUGAAAAUCGAGAAGAUUCAGUCUGCAGUACUGUUGGCUCUUCAGUUCAAGCAUGCACCAACACAAACUCAGAAAUUGCCACUACAGGCAAAGGGAUUAUUACUGUUUUGCAGGGAAGCAUUUCAGGACUGCCAGCACACGUUAAUACUCCACCUGUGCCUUCAGCAAGUAUCAGUAAGAAUAAUUCCAAUGUGGCACUACAGAAAUUGGGAGUUUCAUUUUCAUUUGCAAAGAAAACUCCAGUAAAACUUGAAUCCUCUGCGUCUGUUUUUAAGGAACAAGGUGAGGAAGUUAAUUUGGAAGAACAAGUUGAUAGUGAGGAAAAGGGUUCCUCUGACAGUAGCAUCUUGAUGAUGCCUACUGAGAUAGAGCCCAUGGGAUGCACUGAAAGUAAAGAUGAGGAGGAUAUCCAGCAAGACAAAGACAAUGAAACUUUGGCUAACACAUUAUCCAAAUUAAAAAAGAUGAUGAAAAAAGAUGAGGGAUCCGUUCAGUCAGAACCUGAGUACUACUAUUAUAUGCCACCAGCACACUGCAAAGUAAAACCUAAUUUUCAGUUCUUGCUGUUUAUGAAAGCUACAGAGCAAACACAGUCUUCCGUGUGUGCAAGCCUGAACAAAGAACAGGAUACUAAAAAGAAUUCCUCAAAUCCUAAAGAUGAAGGAGUUGAGGAAGUUGUAGAAAAAAGUCCAGAUAUAAAAGAAUGCAGCGUUGAAUUAAAAGGAGCAGAUUGUAUCCAGCCACCCCUUAUCCAGCCUCCAGAGCAACAUUGCAGUGCUGAAGUUAAAGAGAAUACUCCUGAGAAGGUGAAUGAACAGCCUUUAGAAAUAAAAGCAGAGGAACCAAGUACAUGUGAAGGCCCUAAACGGUUGUGUUCUGACAGCAAAGACUUUGAUGGACCUAAACAACCAACAGGACCUUUUUUCCCAGUUUUAAGUAAAGAUGAUAGUACUACCCAUCAGUGGCCUUCAGAGCUGUUGAUGUUCACUAAGGCGGAACCUUCACUGUCUUACAGUUGCAACCCACUGUAUUUUGACUUUAAGUUGUCCCGAAACAAAGAUGUUAAACCUAAGACUGCUGAGAAACUUAAGGAGGCAACUGCUUCUGUGCCAGUAUCAGCUGCUGGCAGUACCUGUAAAAGCCAGAUAGCUGAACCCGUACAACACAGUGUGACCGCAAAGGUUGGGAGUAAAGCACCAGUUAUUGCACUUACUGCACAGCAGCAGAAUCCAUGCUUGCCAAGUAGUAGCAAAUCAGAGGAUGUUCAUGGUGAAGCAAAUAAAACUUUGACAAAAAAAGAGAAAAAUUCUAAAUCUCAUAAACACAAAAAGAAGAAGAAACACAAAAAGUCCAGUAAGAGGAAGCGAAAACAUCGAGGAGAAGGAGAUGAGAAAAAUAAAACUGAAGGUGGGGAAGAAAAAACAAAGAAGCGGAAGAAGCACAAGCAUAAAAAAAAUAAAAGUACACCAUCUGGGGAUGCAGAACUUCCAAACAAGCCUGAACAAACAGAGGAUGGGAAUACCAACCAUAAAAAGAAGAAAAAUUCACAAGAUGAUGUGCAACAGAAGUCAUUGUCAGUUGAAGAGGGUACCAGUAGUAAAAAGGAUGAGAGGUCAAAUGCACAGGAUUAUAGCACCAAGAAGCAGAAAACAGAAACACAACAGUCUUCUGCUCCCUUAACAAAAACGUCUUUGAGUAAAAGGGUAAGUAGGUCGAGCUAUACAAGUCGACAUAGCAGUGAAAAUGACAGUAAUGAAGAUUCUCGUAGAAAACACUCUAGACAGAAGUCUUCAUCACGUUAUAGUGAUGACUAUGACUCUGAUAGUGACCGUUCUAGAAGUCAUUCAAGAAAGUCAAGACAUCGCCAUUCUUCUAGAUUGUCCUCUCGAAGGUCAUAUUCUACAAGCUCUGAUGCCUCUUCAGAUCGCAGUAGGUACAGCCGUAGCAGGAGUUACUCUGAUGAAAGCUACAGUGACUAUAGUGACAGGUCAAGUCGUCGUUCAAAGCGAUCUCAUAAUUCAGAUGAUUCAGACUGUAAACAUUCCAAGCACAGAUCAAAGAGGCGCAAGUACUCCUCUUCGGAAGAUUACAGUCGAAGCAGAAGUCGCUCUAGAAGUAGAAGUAGGACACGCACCAGAACAAGAAGUAGAGGUCGAACACGAAGUAGUAGCCACAGCAGAAGUCGCAGUAAGACGAGAAGUCGGAGUACAACAGGGUGUAGCUGGAAAAGAAGCCGUAGUUAUAGCAGGGAUCGUAGCCGUAGCAAAAGAAGCCGUUCACGUAGAUCAGUUUCACGAAAAGACUCUCGAAGUCAUGAUAGCUCUAAUGAAAGAUCUAGUCGUAGAGAUUUUAACAGGUCUAGAAUUUAUCGUUCACAGUCUCCGCAUUAUUCACGAUCAUCGGGGAGGAGUGAUAGUUACAUGAGAAAAGAAGAAAGUAAAUUAGACAGUGCAAAGGCAAGCAGCAGUAAUAGCAGCAGUACUACUACAGGGAAGCACACACCAAGUUUGGGUGAUAAAAACUCUGCAACUGCGAAACUACUACUAGAAAAGAUUCAGUCAAAAAAAUCUGAAAAAACAAAUGAGGAUUCUUCGUCUUCAUCAAAUAAAGUUGGUAUAAAACUUAAAGAUCCACCUCAAGGUUACUUUGGCCCCAAACUUCCUCCAUCACUAGGCAACAAGCCAGUCCUUCCUUUAAUAGGUAAACUUCCAGCAACUCGGAAGCCAACAACAAAGAAAGCUGAAGAUGCUGAAGUGGAAAAAGUGGAAGUACAAGAUCUGCCUGAAAUAAGCAGCUCCACAAAUGAAGUGGAAACUCCAGUAGUAACUCAGCCUGUUCAGAGUGAAGUUGCAGCUGUGCCAGAGAAAGUAGACAGUGUAAUACCUGUAAGUGAACCAGUACCAGAAGUGGUCCAGACCGUGCCUGAUCCACCUCCACCUCCACCACCACCACUUCCAGAGUGUUUUAAUUCUAAUGAACAAGUUUUGUCACAUACAUAUAUUGUAGAGCAACCAGAAAGAACUUUGGAAAAUUUGGGAAGUGACUGUCAACCUGUCCCUGUAGAAACUGGAAUGAUGCAGAUAGUCCCUGAAAUAGAACAGUUUUCAAGUUAUGUGCCUCAAGCUGGAGAACCAGUCAUGGAAGAAGAGCCAGAAGAAGCAGAUUCUUCCUUGGCUCCACUUGAGAGUCAGCCCAUUACUUUUACACCUGAAGAAAUGGAAAAGUACAGCAAACUUCAGCAAGCAGCCCAACAGCAUAUUCAGCAGCAGCUCCUUGCUAAACAGGUGAAGGCUUUCCCUGCUUCUGCGGCACUGCCUCCAGCUCCAGCCUUGCAACCUAUUCAUAUUCAGCAGCCCAGUGCUGCAGCCCCAACGUCCCUUGCUACAGUUCAGCAUGCAAUCCUGCAACACCAUGCUGCAGCAGCUGCUGCAGCCAUCGGAAUUCACCCCCACCCUCAUCCACAGCCUCUUGCUCAGGUACAUCAUAUACCACAGCCUCAUUUGGCCCCCAUCUCCUUGUCACAUCUUACACCCUCUCUUAUUCAUGCACAUCCAGGCGGUUUUCUUACUAGCCAUCCUAUACAUUUUAUUCCUGCAUCAGCUCUUCACCCCCACCUUGCUCUUCAUCCUGUGCCUCAUGCUGCUCUUUAUCCCACUCUUUUUGCACCACGACCCACUGCAGCUGCUGCAGCUACUGCAUUACACCUUCAUCCCCUUCUGCACCCUAUUUUCUCAGGUCAGGACUUGCAGCAUCCUCCCAACCAUGGUACAUGAGAUUAACCAAACAGUGAAAUGAAGAGUAAACUGGGGGUCAUUGUGCUAUGGGGAAGAGGGCAGGUUAUGCAUGAUGAAGAUUUUUUUUAAACUGUGAAGAGCCAAAAAGGCUGAGAUGUUUGGGAAGAUUAGGCAGAAUGCGUAAUGUGCAUUAUAUCAGGGAUUUUCUCAUCCUCUAUUGCCAGGUAAACCCAGCAUUGUCUUUGAUGUCAAGCUUUGCAGGUGCUGCAUGUGUGCUGUUCAGAAUAGACCUUUAUAAGGCCUGUUUCUUUAUCCACCUUCUUUUGUAGGAUCUUCUAAACAGUUAACUUAUAACAAGAUGAAAUUAGCACUUUGGUUUUGUUUCCUCACUGCUGUUUAAAAUUUGCCUGCCUUGUGUAUUAGCAGAAGUCACCCUGCAUCUAAACCUUCUAAAGAAACUGCUAUAAAUAAUUUUCUGGUCUUUUUACAGUUGAGACACUACGUUGUUUUCUGGACUGCACUAAAAGAAAGUAAUAGAGAUGGCUGAUAAUGUCUUAAACUUCUUUGGCCAUUAUCAACUUAAAACAGAUUUUUAUGGCAAAAGAGAGGCAUAAGUGUAGCAGUAUCAUGCAGUGUUAAAAUGAGUUGCAUGUACCACCCUGCUUGACUUACAGAAAUCUUUGAGAUGCCUGGUGAAGCCUGGUGUUCUUUCUUGACACCACCACCAAGAAUGUUCCACACUGAAGUGGUAACUUCAACAGUUCUGCAGAGUGGCUUUUUGUCAUCUAGGGGUCCAUUUUCAAAAGCAAAUGAAGUUUGCAUAACCAGUCAGUGCUUGGGUUUGCCCCAUAUUCGUUGGUGUGCAGAGCUUAAAAAUGUCUUGUAUGCACAUAUGCAUACAUAUGUGGGAGGAUGUGCAUGUUAAAAAAGCCAAAGGUCAGUCUGAGGUUGAGACUGAGAAGUUCCUUGUUAUAAAUCGAAGCAAUAUCAGACUGGAAUCCAUAAUUCCAAGAUGAAAGGAUAGAAGUGGAAUAUAUUUUGUUCCUGGUUCUGUUGCAACAUGUUCACAGUUGCCAGAAAAAGUUUGUUUAAAAAAGUAAAGAAUUGCACUGAACUCUGUAAACAAAUGCUGCUUUUGUAGCUGAUAUAAAAUGUUACUUGAUUGUAAUAAUACUGCAAUAAUAUUUCUACAUAUGGCUAAUUAAUUUAGUGGUACUAGUUCUAACUUUAGCAGCUUUAUUCUGUAAAUAUUUUUGCUGUAGUUACAAAACACUUGUAAAGAUCAAAAACUUCACAUCUUCAUAUGGAUGGGAAGUGGUGAGCAUGUAUAUUUUAUCAAAACCCCUGUAUUUUUGAAGUUUUAUGUACUGUAAAAUGUUGGGAUAAAAGUUUACCAAGUCUAAACUUUUGUUUUAGAGUUUGCAUAAGAAAUGCAUUUAAUAAUACAUUAUUCUGGGUGCGGAAAGAGGAUCAGGAUGUGGAGCUGUAAAAUAAAGUCUUAAUGCUGGGGUACAGAGUUAAGUUUUAGUUGCAAAAUGCCUUUUGAUGACGAAACAUGAGAUUUAUGACUUGGAUAACAAAUUCUGGUCUGCGAUGUCAGGAGGUGCUUUGCCUUUUUAAGGGGUGAAUAAAAUGUUUUGGAGAAUCGUUGAAGCAGGGGUAGGGGGAACUUUAUUUCAAAUCUCAGCAGGCAGACGAGCCUGUAUUCACAGUCAGGGAAGGACGUCCCCAAAUACUUAAUGUUAAUUUUAAUCCUCACCAUAAAAACUUUGGUUUACCUCCAUAUUCUAGUAUUAUAUGUUCCAUUCCAAGAAGGGAAUGAUGGCUUACAGUCUUCAUUGGUGUCUGGGCUGUGGUCUAGUUUUGUAUUCUGGUGUCACGUAAAACAUUUUCUUUAUAAAUGUAAAAAAGAGAGGUAUGCAAAAAUAGCCUAACCUGUUACAGUUACAAAACAUAUUUAACACUGUCAUUUAAUUGAAUAAUUGCUGUAUAGUGGAUAAAAACCUUCUAAUAAAAUAUUUCUGAAAGCUUUA